AUGGAAAAAGAAAAUGGAUAAACUUAUUCAUGAAAUAUUACAAGCUAAGAAGGACUAUAGUGGUAUUUGUAACAAGGCUAGUACUGGCGAUGAUAGUGUUAAUUAUACAACUUUAAAUCUAGAUUAUGAAAAUUUAGAAAAUGUUGAUACUAAAAAAUUGAAAAAAGAAAAAGAAAAUUCCUCUUUAAAUAUGCUAUCAUUUUUUCAUAAAUUGGGAAUUCAUUUUUUCGAAAAUCCAAAUAAUCAAAAAUUAAAAGUAAAAAUUGAAGGAAAUGACAAUAUCAAUGUCGUGACAAUAGAUAAUGCAUUGUCUCAAUAUAAUGUUUCCAAUUAUUUAUGGAAUUUGGUAUUUGAAUUAGAAGAGGAGGAA